AUGUGACACGUCGUGUUUGUGAAAAAAUUCAAUUUAUUUUCAACAAAAAAAAUAUAAAUCCGGUUGCGAGGAUGACGGCCUUGUUGGAGAUUUUCGUAAAGGGGAAGGCGAAGAAUGUGGCUGUGGAUGUGGCGUUCCCAGUCACAUCGGAGGAAGACCUGGUGGCUUUAGACCAGAGCAUAAGCUCAGGGUCCCAAGAACGCUACAUGGAAGCAAUAACAAAAAUUUCAAAAAGCAACAAUUUGUCAAAGGCAAUAAAGGGCGUAUUGUCAGAAACGCUGUUGUGCGCCUACAACAUAGACGGCCUAAACGGGAAAAAGUCAUUAAAAGCAUUUCCCAAAUUCUUUUCCGUUCUGAUUGAUAGCAUAAGCACAUUAGAAGGCCAGCAGCCAGGAGAGAAGGCCUUGGCCCACGCACUGGCAUGUGUUAAAAAUAAUGCAAACAAAACAAGAGAGAACGCUAUAGUCGAGUUCCCCGACUAU